AUGAAGGCGUUUGAUUUGUCUUUCGCUGCCAUGCUGACCCAUGAGAUGGACGCAACGUUUCGCCACGAGUGGCGCAUACUUCCGCUCCUGAGUCUGAUCUCUGAUGACGACCUUGCCCGUGACGUCUUCAUCGUGCUACACAUUCCCCUGUGCUGGCUGUUUCUGACUGUGUUCCGCGACAACAAGGCCGCCCGCUCGUUCUUCUGCGUCUUCGCCAUGAUCCAUGUGGGACUCCACUACCUGCUGCGGCACCAUCCAAAGUAUGAGUUCAACAACGCAGUGUCCUGGUCUAUAAUCGUGCUUUCCGGCGUCGCUGGAUUUGCCCAUUUGUUGAUCGAGAGGUCCAGUUCACGCCAGAGCUACGGCAAGCGACCUUGA